AUGGGCAAUGCUCCCAUUGAAGUUCAAGCAGUUCCAUUUGCCUACGGGUCUUCUCCAAUGGAUGCUACGAGUAAAAGCUCAAUCACAUCAUCGAAAAACCUCGGAAUUGCUUGGGAAAAUCGGCAACAUGGUCACGAUUUCAGAUCUGCAACAACAUCUGGAGGCAAAACAUGUUUAAACGCAAGUGGUGCGCAUCAUAGUUUUCUAUCAGAAAGCAGUGGUUCUUCUCACGUGAGCUUAGCAUCAGUCAGCCUCGAGAAGCCAAUCUUUAUCAAUGAUGCUGAUCCUCCAUAUUAUAGACGUGAAGGUCUUGUGGGGCAGAAGCGCUCGGGGGAUUUGACUCACCCCAAUUCCAAGGUUGUGAAGAGCGUGGAUUUGAAUUUGGCUCCUCCAAAUGGGUUCCAGAAUAGGCUCGAUCCCCCGAAAGAAUCCAGAAUUGCGCUGGGAUAUUCUAAGAUGAUAUCAAGCUUUUGUGCAUCAAAUCCACGAGCUGAUCAGGAGAAAGAAACAGAACAUAGUAUUGGGUAUCCGGAGACCUUUCCGUCGAUUCUGAAAGCUGAGGAAACUGGAAGCCUCUCCUCGAGCUCCAAAAGAAUCCUCGGUCUUCCUGCUCCUCGAUGGGGCGAAAUUAGCUUCACUUCUGCCUGCCAUCAAGAAAUUUCUUCAUCGGCGGAUGCCAUGAACAGGGUCAAAGAGGAAUUCAUUCAGGUCGGCUUUCCUCGUCAUAUUACUAAGCUGCUGGACUCAGAUAAACGGACCCAUAUGGAGCCUGCACCGGAGAUCAGCGUUGCAGAGGAAAUUAAUGGUUUUAGGAGCAUAAUAAAUUUGAAUUCUGCUGCUGCGAAUAUGGAUAGAUUAAUGUCACCGGUUAGAUCAUCGAAUGAUGAGAUGCUGUUCCCCCCUGCGGCCUCUGUCAAGGGUACCACCACGAGAUUUGUCUUUGAGAUCGAUUUGGAGGCCCCGGUUACCCUUCUUUCAGAAGAGCAGAUACCUUCGGCAGAAUCAGCCUCACAUUGCAGCCAGCUCGGUUGGGAGGCGACAGAAAUCGAGGACAUGCAUGCUAAAGCAGCCGCAGAGGCUAUUCAGAUAAUGUCGUUGGAUAAGCCUCUCCCUUCAGACAGGAUCUCACCAGCUUCAGCUGAAGCCUUGCUUUGGCUUGCACACGUCAUUUCUUCCAAUCCAGACGAUCUAGAUAAGAUCUUGGACUCGCUGAGGGAUGAAGGAGAUGGUGAUCCGGAAUCUUCGGACAUUGGCGGGAUGGACUACUUCGAAUACAAGACGCUGGAACUCAAAGAGACCAAGGUAGAUGAACGCUGCUUCGAGCCCCUGGAGAGAGAUGAUGCAGAGGAGGAAGAGACCGGCAUGGCUCAUCUUCUGCUGAACAAGCCGCGGAGGGGCCCGGCGAGGAAACGGCGCCAGAAAAGGGACUUCCAGAGGGAUAUCCUGCCGGGGCUGGCGUCGCUGUCAAGGCACGAGGUGACCGAGGAUCUGCAGUUAAUGAGAACCUCGGGUCAGUUGUGGCAGCCUGCUCGUAACCAGUCCCGAUGCCAAGCAAAGGGAAGGAUGCGGCCGAGAGCAGGCGGCGCCGCCGCUGCUACGGCGGUGGAAAUGCCGGUGGAUCCCCAGCCAGGAACAGAUGUUGAAACUGGUGUGAAGAGCAUCCUGGGGUGGGGUAGGACGACGAGGCGGGGCCGGCGGCAGAGGUGUUCGCUGGGCAAUGCCGUGGUUCUGCCCCAGGGUUAG